AAUACUCACAGCAGUUGUGUUCUGACUGCCUUCGCGGCGAGUAGCUAAUAAUUGUUUAAGCAAUGCUGUGUUGUUUGACUGAUUGUCUUCCGUGCCCCUGCGUCGCGUGGCCUGCACUCUUUGGCCUUGGCAUUUAUUUUCUAAGAAAAUACAUGCAAGGCGGGCAGUUCACCAAGCAGACUAAUGAGACCGGCAAAAUUGUUAUUGUAACUGGCUCGAACACAGGCAUUGGCAAGGAGACUGUCUUGGAGCUGGCGAGACGCGGAGCCACCGUAUAUAUGGCUUGCAGGGAUAAGGCUAGAACAGAGAUAGCACGUUUGGAAAUUAUAGAAGAAACCAAAAACAAUAAUAUAUUCUUCCGUGAACUCGACCUGGCAUCACUGGACUCCAUUCGCAAAUUUGUGGCUGACUUCAAAAACGAAGAAGACAAGUUGCACAUACUGAUUAACAAUGCUGGUGUUAUGCGCUGCCCACGCAUGCUGACCAAGGACGGUUUCGAAAUGCAGCUAGGAGUGAAUCAUAUGGGUCACUUUUUGCUAACCAACUUGUUGCUCGACUUGCUAAAGAAAGGUGCCCCCAGCCGUAUUGUCAACGUUUCCAGUUUGGCCCACACGCGUGGCUCUAUUAAUAUAAAUGACUUGAACAGCGAGCAGUCAUAUAGCGAGGGCGAUGCCUACAGCCAGAGUAAAUUGGCCAAUGUUUUAUUCACGCGUGAAUUAGCUAAACGCCUCAAAGGCAGUGGAGUGACCGUGAAUGCUCUACAUCCGGGCGUUGUGGACACAGAGCUGGGCAGGCACAUGAAGAUCCUGAAUGGCGCAUUUGGACGCAUUGUGCUAAGAACUUUGUUGUGGCCAUUGCUGAAGACGCCAAAGAGCGGAGCACAGACUUCAUUAUAUGCAGCCCUCGAUCCAGAUUUGGAGAAUGUAACUGGCGUUUACUUUAGCGAUUGUAAAGAGAAACAAGUAGCGCCCGCUGCUACCGACGAUAAAACCGGCAAACUUCUCUGGGAGGAGAGCGAAAAAUGGACCCAUUUGAAGAAACUAGAUUAAUUAUAACACAUUUUGAGAAAUAAACAAAACUAAACAAUAGAAAUGUUCGCCAUAUGUAGGU